GGGAGAGGGAUCCGGAAUCUACCUGGUCCUGGCCCCCCCCUCCCCCCGAUUUUGGAUGUUCUUUUGAUCCUACACCGAUCUGGGAAGGUAACCGUGAGCCUUACCAUCUGCAGCACACAGCAGCUAUUGGAGGUUACUACUGACAGUUUUCAUUACACUGGGGUGUGUGUGCGUGUGUGUCAGUGUGUGUGUGUGUGUUUGAGUGUGGGCGCUUGCUUUUGCGUGAAAGAGGAUGUGCGAGUGUCCGUGAGUGUGUGUGUGUGUGUGUGUGUGCGUGCGUGUGUUUGUGUGACAACCAAAGCAGGUAUAUCGUACAGUAGGAGAUGUCAACAGCGUGAAAAUAUUCUCGGGGCACUUGGACUCACAGUGUGGAGCCCCCCCAGCCUUCACUAUCCCUUUCCUUCCCCACUCUCCCCCUCUCUCUUUUUGCCUUUGAUGAGUUUUUGGCUUACUUUUUGGCGGAGUCUCUUGGACACGUUUUUUGCUGGUGCUGGAAGAUCAGAUAAAUGGAACCUUUGAAAACUGAUUAUUUUUCUCCUCUGUGACUUAAAAAACAAACAAACAAAAAACAAAGAAGAAGAAGAUAGUAGUGCAAGAUAAGCUAGAGGAUUUUAAAUUUUCCUUGCUGAACUUUGAGGAUCCAUAAAGAAGAAACCAAAUGAAGUGUUUACUGUCAUUAUCCCUAUUUGAUGAAGAGGAUACUGAGGCUCACAGAGAAUUAACUUGUCCAAAAUCAUCUAAUAUCGAGUAAUCACAAGUGAAUGAGCUGAAAGCACACACGGAAGCCGGGACCAGACUUUCAUUGAGGGGAAAACUUACAGAGACAGAGCAGUAGCAGAAAUGGUUCUCGGUCCUGCAAGCCUGCCAGAUCACCCAGCAAGAGUGGGACCAAGUCAACUGGAACAUCCAACCCACUGAAUGCGUUACUGGAAGAACGGAGAUAACCCACGUAGAGCAACAGUAUGGAAAUAUCCUGAAACUCCUUCAGAGUCUAAAUAAACUGACUGGAUUGAAGUUUCACAAGCAAGGAACCUGGUCCAUGGGCAAUUUGCUGCAGGUACCAGGGCUGCAGUUCGCCUUUCUCUGGAUCGCAACCUUGGAAGCAAUCCCCAAGUCCCAGGGUGGGAGACAGCAGAGUGGCCUGACCCCCUGGGAGGGUAGAGAUGGCCUGACCGGAAGUUUCAAGAGUCAUUUUGGGGAGUGGCAAGGAGCCAAGGAACACCCUUUCUCCUCUGUGUCUUUGGAACACCCAUUUCUUCUUGCGAAGAUUAUAUGGUGUAAAAUAAACAUCAUCUGCUGAAAUCCAGAACACUUCUUUAAAUUCUUUGGGUUUUCUCAGGAAGAUCAGAAACGGUCAGAGAAAUUUUGAUAAGAUCAGGAAACUGAAGCCGAGAGACAGGGAGUUGCCCAGAGUUACUCAGCUAGUCAGUGACAGACAACAGUGGAACUUGGGAUGGGCAAACACGUUGCCUAUUUACAGCACAGAGACCACAAUGGAGAGCUAGCUUAGAGACAGCCUUCAUGUUCCCAGCUUGAAACCAGAGAUGACUCUCCUUGGGAUUCAUUUCUCUUACUAUUUGAACUCCAGACGGACCAACACCAGAUAAAUUAUGAAUGUUGAACAAGAUGACCUUACAUCCACAGCAGAUAAUGAUAGGUCCUAGGUUUAACAGGGCCCUAUUUGACCCCCUGCUUGUGGUGCUGCUGGCUCUUCAACUUCUUGUGGUGGCUGGUCUGGUGCGGGCUCAAACCUGCCCUUCUGUCUGCUCCUGCAGCAACCAGUUCAGCAAGGUGAUUUGCGUCCGGAAAAACCUACGGGAGGUUCCAGAUGGCAUCUCUACCAACACGCGGCUGCUGAACCUCCAUGAGAACCAAAUCCAGAUCAUCAAAGUGAACAGCUUCAAGCACUUGAGGCACCUGGAAAUCCUACAGUUGAGUAGGAAUCAUAUUAGAACAAUUGAAAUCGGGGCCUUCAAUGGUCUGGCAAACCUCAAUACUCUGGAACUCUUUGACAAUCGUCUUACUACCAUCCCAAAUGGAGCUUUUGUAUAUUUGUCUAAACUGAAGGAGCUCUGGUUGAGAAACAACCCCAUUGAAAGCAUUCCUUCUUAUGCUUUUAACAGAAUCCCUUCUUUGCGCCGACUAGACUUGGGGGAAUUGAAAAGGCUUUCAUAUAUCUCAGAAGGUGCCUUUGAAGGUCUGUCCAACUUGAGGUAUUUGAACCUUGCCAUGUGCAACCUCCGUGAAAUCCCUAACCUUACACCUCUCAUAAAACUAGAUGAGCUGGAUCUUUCUGGGAAUCAUUUGUCAGCCAUCAGGCCUGGCUCGUUCCAGGGACUGAUGCACCUUCAAAAACUGUGGAUGAUCCAGUCCCAGAUUCAAGUGAUUGAACGGAAUGCCUUUGAUAACCUUCAGUCACUCGUGGAGAUAAACUUGGCACACAACAAUCUAACACUACUGCCUCAUGACCUCUUCACACCCUUGCAUCACCUAGAGCGGAUACACUUGCAUCACAACCCUUGGAACUGUAACUGUGACAUACUGUGGCUCAGCUGGUGGAUAAAAGACAUGGCCCCCUCCAACACAGCUUGUUGUGCUCGAUGUAACACUCCUCCCAAUCUGAAAGGGAGGUACAUCGGGGAGCUUGAUCAGAAUUACUUUACAUGCUAUGCUCCUGUGAUUGUGGAGCCCCCAGCAGACCUCAAUGUCACUGAGGGCAUGGCAGCCGAGCUGAAAUGUCGGGCCUCCACGUCCCUGACCUCUGUAUCUUGGAUUACCCCAAAUGGAACGGUCAUGACACAUGGGGCAUACAAAGUGCGGAUAGCUGUGCUCAGUGAUGGCACAUUAAAUUUCACGAAUGUAACCGUGCAAGAUACAGGCAUGUACACAUGUAUGGUGAGUAAUUCUGUCGGAAAUACCACUGCUUCCGCCACCCUGAAUGUUACUGCAGCAACUACUACUCCCUUCUCUUACUUUUCAACCGUCACAGUAGAGACUAUGGAACCUUCUCAGGAUGAGGCACGGACCACAGAUAACAACGUGGGUCCCACUCCAGUGAUUGACUGGGAGACCACCAAUGUGACCACUUCUCUCACGCCACAGAGCACAAGGUCGACAGAAAAAACAUUCACCAUCCCAGUGACUGACAUAAACAGUGGGAUCCCGGGAAUCGAUGAGGUCAUGAAGACCACCAAAAUCAUCAUUGGCUGUUUUGUGGCCAUCACACUCAUGGCUGCAGUGAUGCUGGUCAUUUUCUACAAAAUGAGGAAGCAGCACCAUCGACAAAAUCAUCACGCCCCGACAAGGACUGUUGAAAUCAUUAAUGUGGAUGAUGAGAUUACAGGAGAUACACCCAUGGAAAGCCACCUGCCCAUGCCUGCUAUCGAGCAUGAGCACCUAAAUCACUAUAACUCUUACAAAUCUCCCUUCAACCACACAACAACAGUUAACACAAUUAAUUCAAUACACAGUUCAGUGCAUGAACCGUUAUUGAUCCGAAUGAACUCUAAAGACAAUGUACAAGAGACUCAAAUCUAAAACAUUUACAGAGUUACAGAAAACAAACAAUAAAAAAAAGACAGUUUAUUAAAAAUGA